AGCGAGCAGCAGCAUCAAGCGAAAUGGAUAACUCUACGAUGACCUCCUCCAGCUACACCCACAAGAAGUUUACCGCCCACAAGCGCAAGCGGGAGACGGACCCAGUCCAGCAAUCACACACGGAUAGCCUCAUGCACCAGGAACAGCCAGUUGGCAUCAAGCGUCGCCAGACCAAGUCUCUCUUCCGCCCAUGGCUGGACAACGACAAGGAGCGGACCACCUCCGCCGCCUGCCCGUCAGACAGCGGAGCCAGCACAGCAAAGCCCCGCCCGCGCAUCCACCAGGAGAAACAGCGUCGUGAUCGUAGUCUCCUGGCCAACCUCCUCAGUCGCCGAGCAGAGUCCCAGGCGUACACUUGGUACCGCGAAAGAAUGGCCAUGAUGGAGCAGCAAGCUCGCGUGAAUCUCUACUACCGCCAGCUGCUGUUCUCUGCCGUUUUCCAGCGCGGAAUCAGCGCCCCGAGCAACCAGCUGCCCCAGCAGCAGCAGCAAUUCCUCCAGCAGAUGGCCCUCUCCCAGCAAAUGCUCGUCUUUGGAGCACAGCGAUGACAGGCCAAGCUGCGAAAGUUCUAUAUUGACUAUGAACCAUAAUGUGAUCUUGAACCCCCUAA